ACUUCUCUUUCGAGCUUGUGGGCUUUGAGCACACCUGCCAGAGGGACAUAGGGAUUAGAUGCGGCCCUCCAUGCCUUUUUCCCUGGCCCUUGGUACUCCCACCCCCUCGCUGGGCCUGAUCCUCUGCUUUUGGCUGGCUGGAAUGUGCACCUAACCGGCGAUCAUUCCUCUCGCUCGCCCGGAUUAAAGGACGAGGGUUUGGCAUCCAGAAACCUCGUUUUGUGCCGCCGGGAUGUCUCCCGUUGCAAAACAAUAAAAACGCCCAAGCGGGAAAAAAUUCCGGAGCAAGCCGCAGCUGGCCCGUUACCUCGGCAACUCCAUGGACCUGAGCACCUUCGACUUCCGGACAGGAAAGAUGCUCAUGAGUAAAGUGAACAAGAACAGGCAGCGGAUGCGCUACGACUGCUCCAGCCAGGCCAAGGGCAAACCUGACCUGAACACAGCGCUCCCCGUCCGGCAGACGGCGUCGAUCUUCAAGCAACCCGUCACCAAAAUCACAAACCACCCAAACAAUAAAGUCAAGACGGACCCCCAAAAGGCAGUCGACCAACCCCGCCAGCUCUUCUGGGAGAAGAAGCUCAGCGGCCUGAACGCCUUCGAUAUCGCAGAGGAGCUAGUGAAAACCAUGGACCUCCCGAAAGGUUUGCAAGGCGUGGGGCCCGGCUGCACCGACGAGACCCUCCUCUCCGCCAUCGCCAGCGCCCUCCACACCAGCACGAUGCCCAUCACCGGGCAGCUGUCUGCCGCCGUGGAGAAGAACCCCGGGGUCUGGCUCAACACUUCCCAGCCCCUCUGUAAAGCCUUCAUGGUGACCGACGAGGACAUCAGGAAACAGGAAGAACUCGUACAGCAAGUGCGAAAGAGGCUGGAAGAAGCUCUGAUGGCAGACAUGCUGGCUCACGUAGAGGAGAUCGCGCGGGACGGCGAGGCGCCCGAGGAGAAGGCCCUGGGGGACGAAGACGGGGAGGAAGAGGAGGAGGAAGAGGACGUGGACCGCGGGCCGGAGGUGGAGAGCGUAUAGUCCAGGGAGUCCCUCUUGAGAAUCCUAGCCUUUCCUCGCCCUGCGAAGAGGCGAGCUUGCCGCCGGACAGCGUCGCAUGUCGUCUCCGCAGCUGUCUGGAGAUGCCUUCAGCCUCCAGCCGUCUUCAGCCUUUAUUUGCCGGACGUUUGAGAAUCCAGUGGCUCAGUAGAUCCUGGGUAGCUUGAAGAUGGACUUUACUAAAAACCCGUACUCUUUCUCUCUCUCCUCUCUCUCAACCCCCCACCCCCCAAUUGUCAUUUCCGCAAGUGUUAACAGGGAAGGAACGCAGAGAAACUGCAAACGUUAACUGCUCCGUCUUUCAUUUCCAGGGCGCAAGGAUACCAUUUGAGCCUACUUCCCUGGUUGUCGUUUUUUUUAUUAUUAAGUAGCACACACCUACCCAAACUUAACGUCCUCUUUCGGCUUAAGGUAGAGGCGCCGUUUUUAAAUGGGGACCACCUCUCUCGUACUUAGUUUGUUUGCUCCAGUUGUAGAUAAUCCUUUCUUCUGCGAAAUCACGCCAUGGGAUUUGUGUGUGCGUUGGUGUGUUUUCAUCUUAACUUUUCCAGACUGUCCGGUCUUCCCAGAGGUGCAAUGGGGGGGGGGUGUUCCUUCCCAUAUGAGGGGGACCCCUAAAGCUACCAGCCAUUUAUGUGGAUCUCUCGAAAGUGCAGACAUUUGGGGUUACGCACACAAAAGUCCAAUUAUCCAGUAGCAAUGUCGUGGCGGGGGGGACCCUUUCGGAGAAAACUUUCGUAAGCUUAAAGGUGCUGUAUCAUUUGUGUGUUUUUCACAACCGGUGCAUUGCGAGGAGGAGGGUGUAUACUGACCUGCCCCAAAUCCCUUUUACUAGAUUCCAAUUAUUUGCUUUUGGGCGACAGGUGUGGCCUUUUGCUCCUCACGCAAUUAAAAGCGAUAGAUCGAAAGCGGCACGUGUCCUCAGAAGAGGCGAGCUGAACUAUCCGGUUUUGCAGCGAUGGAGAGUCUGUCUUAUUAGACGGGUUCAGCAUCGAACACCCCACAACACAAAGCUGUCCCUAAAUUGGGCUUGCUUGGAAUUAGCGCAACCCUUGCCUGAGGAGCCGGCACGUCACCGUGCAAAACCGUGCAAAAAAUCUAUAGGUUUUAAUUGCACCGUUGCCCUGCAGAAAUCUAGGUUUUAGUUGCACCGCUGCUGCGCAAAAAUCUGGGUUUUAAUUGCACUGCUGUCGUGCAGAAAUCUGGGUUUUAAUUGCACUGCUGCCGUGCAGAAAUCUAGGUUUUAAACGCAUUGUUGCCGUGCAAAAAUCUGUUGGUUUAAAUUGCACCGUUGCCAGGCAGAAACCUGUGGCUUUUACUUUUACCCGGGCUUGUUCUGAACCUAUUUAAACCAUUUCUUUCCGGAGCCACACACAAUGACGGCAACCUGUGACGGAAAAUCCUGGCUUGUUUUCUCCGCCCAGGACCCAUGCAGUUUUCAAUUUUGGGUCAGCGCGGCGGCACCUGCGCCCCAAAUCCCCUCUCUAGUGGCCAUCCCACCUGCCAGCUCCACAUUGGUGCAUCCAAACCAACAUGUUUCGGUGGGGUGGGGUGGGGUGGACAAUGGGGCUCGGCUUCUUCUUCUGAGACGCCGCUUUUCCCCAUUGGAGAGGGAAACCCCUGCACCCGGUUCACUGGCCUUGCCUGCUACUGAAUUUUGUCCAUUUCGGAUUUGUGUGUGUGUGUCUUAAUCCUAGAAGCACGGAUUUUCACUCCGUUCCGAAGCAGUUUUUGAGACUCUUUUGGGUAGGGAAUGUUAAGAGGCAAAUUCUUGCAAUGGAGGGAUUUGCCAGUUUUUUACACACAGAGAGAUGCCUGUCUUUCUUUCCUCCGUCUCCUUUUUUUCCCCUCCCCCUGCAGUUCCACCUUUUCCAGGUAACUCCACGCAAACCCUUUCCCUUUUAAGCUUUCGCCGGCAGUCAAAACAGCGCCGGCAAGCUUCUCUCUUUUCCUGCGAUGUUGCCGUGGCAGAAACCUCGUUCCUGCCGCACAGACAACUUAUUUUUGCGGCGUCUCGUCACAACCCAGCGGUCCCCAUCCAAAGCGAGUUUCUUUUAUUCCUCGAAGCGACUUUUGUAUCGACUGCUUUUUGCGGGGUGGGGUAUAGUGGGGUUUUGCAGCUUUUAGAUAUUUCGCAGCUAUCCGGGAGCCCCUUCUCCCCGCCUCGCCUCCUUAGCACUAACCGAUGAUGUCCUUUCAGCCGUGAUCAUAUUUGUAAUAUUUGUUUGGGGGGGGACUUAGUUUUGUAAUUAAAAAGGAAAAAAGAAAA